AUAUCAAUAGAAUAAAUAUUUAUAAAUGAUCAAUUUAUAAUAUAAUUUACAUAUAGCUAUAUAAUUAUAUUUUAAAUAAUUAAUUUUUUAUUUAUUCUAUUUGAUUGGUUUACUAAACUUUAUCCAUAUACUGCAGAUUUUCUAAAGUGGCAUCCAUUCGAUUUCUCCGGUAUUAUUAAAUCCAAAUCAUUUCGUCAUUUAGUUUGGUUUUACUUUGGAUUGAACAUCAUAAGUACAGACGGUACGGUACAUUCAAAAUUUCAAACUAUUAUGUGUAAUCAACAAGCGAAUCGGAGUGUAGAUGAUAAAAAUGAGUUUAGAUGUUAUGGACCUAUCGUGUGUCUUCCUACAUGUGAUUUUCCUCUCUUCGUAACUUAAAAUUUGGUAAAAUUUAGCGGCAGCUUUUCUAAUUUAAUUUUUGCGACUCUACUGCAACAGGGUAGAAUAGAGAUUCAAAGAAAAACCUAAGGGUAACUCAGUCCAAUAACAAUGUCAAAUGGAAAUAUAUGACGGGCUGAGAAAAGCAAACAAAAAAGUUUAAUAAACAAGAAAAAAAAAAUUCUCAUAUCGAGUUCUGUGAGAUCUACUCCAAAAGAAAAAGAAAAAAAAAACUGCUAUCGGGAAGAAGAGGUGAAUCGCUUACGUGGGGUAAAAUGAGGAUUAGGAAGAACAUGAAGCUGUCUUCGAUGCUUUUAGCGACAGCAGGUUACGGCGGAGAUAAACUGGAGACAUAUGUCUGUCCUCUGAACCAAUCUCCAUGGGAUGUGGUUCCUCUGACUUCCUCCCUCGACGACGACAACGACGAUGGUGCGGCCGAGUUAACUAACCUAAUUGACUCGUCGUGGUUCCUCCCUUCUCCUUCUCCGUCCUCUUCUUCUCCCUCUCUCACUCGCCAGUUCGCUGGAGAAGAUAACUUUAAUGGGAAUGUGAGCUUGGGAGAUUCAAAUGGCGCUGCCCGGAGGUUAAAUGACUCCUUCGGAAAUAAUCACACCGACGAGCGUCUUAAUCUCAUUGCGCCGGAGAGUUCGCCGGAAGUUGAAGAUCCGAGCGAUGACAGUGACAAAAAAUCACACUCCGUGGAGCCUCAUUCGCCGGUUAAAACCUCCGGCGACGACUACCAAGCGGCAGUGUCGGUGCCAGCGCCGCCUAAACGCGGACGGCCACGUGGUUCGGGCAAGAAAGCUCAAGCCUCCUCCACCGCCGCAUCUAAUAAUAAUCCGUACGAGUUUUACUACUACUCUGGUUUCGGCCCACGGUGGGGAAGAAAAAGAGGCGGCUCCGGUGACGACGAGAAGAUUGUUCUGAGUGAUGAUAAAAACGGUGGCGAAGAUAAUAUGAGCGGCAAAAAGAGUAACAGUAGUGGUGAAGAGAGUUCUAAAACGGCGGCGUUUGAGCAUGGGAGUAGUAGCUUCGAUGGGUUUGAGUUUAUGGAAGAGGACUAUGACGUAGUCGAUCAAAGCACUGGACAUGGGAAGAAGAUGAAGAGUACAAUGGCGAUGAAGAAGAUGAAGAGAGGGAGGAAGCCCGUAAAGGAAAGGUCUUUAAAAUCCCUCAUGUAAUAUAUAUUUAUGUUUUCUGAGGGCUUUUCUGUCUUUUUCGCUUCUUCCUUUUUUUUUUUUGUUGUCUGUUUUUGUCUGUAAUAAGAUUUCGUUUGUUUUUAUUUAGUUACAUUUGCAGUAAUGUUUUCAAAUCUAUGUUUGGAUUUGGCUAACUUGUCUUUUUUAGUUGCUUUAAAAAGAUUGUUUUACCCCU